GGAAGUUGCUGUGGUGAGCACAUGGGUGUGGCUAGGUUAACGUUUUCCCCAUCUGCCUUUCAAAUGUGAUCUGCAGAGUGGAUGAUGAGGCAUCCCAGAAAACAAGCACCUCACAGAAUGGAAGCCAAGAUUUGCGUCGCCUCUCUAACGUAUUUCCUGUUGGUUGCGAUUCAAGUGUCAUUGGUUCAGGCUAACACAUCUGCCAAUCAAACAAUGUCUCUAAGCACCAGAACGACUGAUCCUACGACUUUUACUGGGGAAAGAGUCGAAAGCAACGUUUCCAAAGUUGUCAACUCACCUCCAAAAGUACCCCCCACCAACGUACCCACAAACCAACGAAAUGACACAAGCAGCUCAGUCAGCUCCACCCGCUCAGCUUUCACCGAGAUGACAACAAAAGCCAAAUCAGCUCAAGUGACGUCGCCUCCAUCCAAAACAACAAAAACAGCCAAAAAGAGUAAAGCUCCUGCCUGGGAUCCAAUACGGGACAAAGACUUUACCUAUGAUUAUGGAUCCCUGCGAUACGCCGGUUUGAUCAUCGCUGCAGUGCUCUUCGUCAUGGGAAUAAUGGUUAUUAGCUGUGGCAAAGUCUGCCGGCUGCCAAAGUGUCGCAAGAAGUCAUCAAAGACGUAUCAUGUGGUCCAAGGAUAAAGACGUGUGCACAGUGACAGCUGCGCUGCUUUCCAAGAAACCAGGAGAAUAACACUUUACUAACACCUAGCAGUGUGUGUUUGUGUGUGGACGGACAGACUGAGACGCUGCUGGGUAACUGGACUGGAACAUCUACGAAUAAACAGAAACAAGGCCGACAAGCGGGAAAACAGUGGAUCAUUACCUUUUUUUUAUUUUUGUAAAAUCAUUUCCUUUAUGUUGUAAACUCCUCUGAAAAGUACAGUUUUAACAAAUUAUGACAAAAUGACUCAAUUGUUCAGUAACAAUAAAAGCAAAAUGAUCCUAAUAACCUCUGUGCCUCACGGAUCACCCUCACUUCUCUGUGAGGAAAUAAAAACUUUAUGC